AUGUUUUUACUGAAACCCUGGAAGAAUCAAUAUGGGGAGGUUGCUGAGUUUGACGAAGAUUCUUCAGAAGAGGAUCUGUUGUUCAGACUCAAAGUCGAGAGCCAGCAACGGGAACGACGUUUACGAAACGUUACUCUAACGAUCUUGAACACUACUAUGUUUUUGUUCUCCUUUACCGUUCUCAUCUCAAGAAUUUCCGUCUCUGAAGGAAAGAAUGCAGCCUUGAAACAAUCGUCAUUUUACUCACCAAUACUCAACGACAUAACCAUUCCAACUUUCCCAUACACAAUGAACGGGUCACUCUUCGCCGACAACAAUCCUGGGCUCGCUCGCCAGGAUCCAAGCCCAGAAGUUGACGACGUAUGGAAAGAGUUCGACAAAACACGCACUCUGGUCAUCAGCCGAGAAGACGUUGUAAAACUGGGCAAAGAUCCAGAGCUGGUUGCCAAGUUCGAGGACGAGUACUGGGGCUUUGGCGACGACGCAUACAUGGCACAGAUGGACGUGUUCCACCAGAUACACUGCCUCAACACGCUUCGCAAGAUCGCCUUCGAGGAUUUCUACGGCCCGGUUGAGUCUCGUACGCACUCAAAGCUAUGGUGGCACCAUAUCAAGCAUUGUACGGAUAUCCUGUUGCAGAAUAUCAUGUGCCAGGGUACCACGGACCUUAUCACGAUGAAUUGGAUGGAGACCCAAGACGGUCCGUUUCCCGACUUCAGUAUCAACCAUCAGUGCAGAGACUUCCAGACUUUGGUUGAUUAUCGACAGCAAAAAUCUGUAGAUUGGGAUAAAUGGAUGAAGAUGAAGAAGCCUAAAAGUGUAAAGGAGACUCCGGCGCCAAAGGAGUACUAUGAACUAUUUGGCUCCGAGACUGGAAACAGUCAUGAUAUGCUUGAGCAUGAUGGCCACCACUAG